AUGGCAGCACCCAGAGGCGCAGCGGCCCGCCUGCGGCGCACAUUCCACUACCCCACGGACGACGACUCUGCAGACUCGCAACCCGAGGUCAUGGACGAAGAAGAGCAAGAGGUCCUCAUCCAGCGCCUCGCCGACGAAAACGCCGCCCGAAACGCCCAAUUCAACACCUUCCUCCUCGCCCUCCCGCUCCUCACGACGCCCCCGGGCGUCACCGGCAUCCCUCUCCUCGACGCCUGGUCCCGCCCCAAGACGCCGCGCGCCAGCCCCUCCUCCUCUCUCGCCUCGUCGACCUCGUCCAUCUCGGGCGCGUCGUCGUCGUCGUCGUCGUACCAACCAGUCCGGGCCCCGGUCCAGACGAGACGCCGGAGGAGCUCGUUCUCGUUCGCCGAGGACCAAAAGUCCCCGCUGGAGACGUACCUGCCUUACCUCAACCUGGGGCUCUGCGCCGUGCUCGUGCUGACGGGUGUCGUGACGAGGUCCGGCGAGAGGCACGCGCUGGGCCACGUCGGGCUGGGGAACUUGCCGGCCAUCGUGUACGUUGUGGUUCUCAUCGCCAAGGUGGUCAUGGGCAGCGUGGAUCCGGAAAAGGAGCUGGCCGCGCUCAAGUACGACUUCAAGGGCGCAUGA